CCACAACCUGUCUCAGUGUUGACUCCCGAACCAAUGGAGAAUAUUCACACCUGUGGAGAUAAUGAGUUCGGUCCGCAAGCCGGCCACGGUUGUCGCGGCGGAUUUGACUUCACCCUGCUCUUUGAAGAAUGUUUCUUCUCAAUCGCGCCCUCAGUCCUGCUCUUGCUCAUUCUUCCCGUUCGUUGGAAACAGCUGCGACCUGGGCGGAUUCGGAAGGUCUCGCAAAGUGGGCUCUACUGGGCCAAGUUGGGCCUCGGACAAGCAUUUGGGGCAACUCAACUAGCGUUGCUGAUUGUUUGGCUCUUGCCUCAUGCACCACGAACACAAGCUUCCCUACCAGCUGCGGCUUUGUCUUUCGCGGCCUCACUUGGUCUAUUGCUACUGUCGCAUUGGGAACAUCUGUUCUGUAUUCAUCCUUCCCACAUUCUUAACCUUGCUUUAUCUGUGUCACUUUUUCUCGACGCGGUGCGCGCCAGAAGCCUAUGGCUUGCGUUUAAUACCACCAUUGCGGGACUCUACUCAGCAAGUAUUGCGAUCAAGGUCGUCUGGUUUUACCUGGAGUCCCACUCAAAGCGUGGGCUUCUGAAGAAUACUCAAGUUCAGUACGGCAAUGAGGAAGUUACUGGUCUCUACAGUCGCGUCUUUUUCUGGUGGGCAAACCCCUACCUCUUUCUGGGAUUCAAGUCUCUUUUUUCUAUUGACGAUCUGCCGCAUCUUGACCAAAGCCUAUCUGCCCAUGUGCUGCAUGAGCGUUUGCGUGACUCAUGGAACCGAGCGUCAAAAUCUUCACACAAUGCUUUGGCUUACUGCUCUAUGUACACCUUCAAGUCCUCGAUAGUCUGUUCCUUCAUGGAGAGAAUAGCAGUUAUCGGACUCAGCUACUCGCAGCCGUUUCUGAUCACGGCAUUAACUGACUAUGUCGAGGAAACCAAGCCUGACCGGAACAAGGGAUAUGGCCUGAUAGGUGCAUUUGGACUUGUCUUCUUGCUCAAAGGGAUCUUCAACUGUCUCUAUCAGCAUCACAACUACCGCCUGAUGACCAAAGUCAGAGGCGCACUAGUGUCUUUAAUCUAUCAGAAGACCCUGACUCUGCAGUUUGAUGAGAACAGCGACUCGACCGCCUUAACUCUGAUGAGCAAUGACAUCGACAAUAUCGCGUUCGGACUCCAAAACAUGCAUGAAGUGUGGGCAAGCCCCGUGGAAACCGGCAUUGCACUGUACCUGUUACAGCGGAAAGUCUCGUGGGUGGCGGCCGUUCCAGCCUUUAUUUCACUCGUGGCCAUGUCAUCUACGCACCUUCUUUCCAGUUCAAUGCCCAGUCGGCAGAAAGCAUGGAUGCAGGCAGUACAGCAGAGAGUGGCGUUCGCAUCUAGCUAUCUGAAUUCCUUUGCCGCGAUUAAGAUGCUGAAUCUGCAUUCUCGCUUGGGACUGAUCAUGCAGCAGUUACGGAUCGAUGAGUUGAACAGAGGGACGAAGUUUCGCCAUGUUAUGGUUAAAAUGAACUUGCUUGGUGGUGCAAUUGAAAACUUGAGCCCGGUACUUACAUUGAGUAUCUAUGCGGCCAUCGCCCUGCAUACGGGUCGAGUCCCCUUGGAUAUGGCUGCGACUUUCACAACCCUCUCCAUUAUUUCUCUAUGGAGCACUCCGCUUUCAAACCUUGUUUACUCAGGACCCCGAGUGGCAGGAGCCCUGGAAAGCACCCAGAGGAUCCAAGCCUAUCUUACAGCAGAUACAAACCUGAACGUCGUAAUGACUGAAACUGCAGGAACCAUUGAGCUCUUUCCAAGUACAAGCAAAGUCGAGACGAUCGGCGUUUCCACGGCUGAUCUGGUUCAUGCGUCUGACGCGGACUUCGGCUGGACAAGCACAUCAGACCCUACACUGUCGAAUGUGAACAUCAAGAUUCCUCCUUCCUCCUUGACAAUGGUCGCUGGACCAGUUGGCUCGGGUAAAAGCACCCUACUGAAAGCAUGUCUGGGCGAAGUGCCUUGUCUCAAAGGCUCUAUCCAUAUCAACGUUUCCAACGUCGCGUAUUGCGGUACGAAGGCAUGGAUCCGUAAUCGCUCGAUUCGGGAUAACAUCUGCCACCCCCUCCCGUAUGAAGAGGAGUGGUACCGCACUGUCCUUCAUGCAACAGCUCUCGAUCACGACAUUGAUACCCUACCUGAGAAAGACCUCACGGUCAUUGGCAGCAACGGCAUCUCAAUGAGUGGUGGACAACGGCAGCGAGUUGCCAUUGCUCGUGCAGUGUAUGCGCGGACAAAGCUAGCCAUCUUUGAUGAUGCGUUGAGUGCCCUGGAUGCUACCACCGCUGCUCAGGUCUUUGCCCGCGUAUUUGACUCUCAGGGUAUCUUACGUCGUAAUGGGGCUGCAGUAAUACUGGCGACACAUGAGUGGAGUCAUCUAGCUCAUGCUGAUCACGUAAUUCACAUGGACCAAGGGAGAAUUGUCGAGCAGGGACCUCCUGAAGCCCUUCGGAUAUUGAGAGACCACUUUGUGCAGGAAGAUAUCAGAGAUAGAUCCCUUCAACAAAGGAAUUCGGAUAUAGAGCCACAGAAACCCCAGCCCGGCAACCCAUCGAAGUCUGAUGAGGACUUAGCACGGCAUAAAGGAAAUUUGCACGACUAUGCCUACUAUUUUCGCACAUCGGGCGGGUGGUCAAUGGUGCUCUAUGCAGGAGCGCUGGUUGUUGGGCUCUUCAGUGCGCAAUUCACCAGUCUUUGGGUUCAGUGGUGGGCGGAGACAAGUGAGAUGAAUCCCUUCGCACAGCUGGCGCAGUAUAUUGGCGUUUAUACCCUCUUAGCAGUGGCGGCGGCAGCCCUCUGGGCCUAUUGCAUUCGACUCCAUGAGCACCUGGUCACCAAAGUCAAAGACGCACCGCUAUACUGGCAUACAUCCACCGACACGGGGGUCAUCCUCAACCGCUCCAGCCAAGACAUGACAAUGAUAGACCGGUCGCUCCCAGCGGACUUCUCGAAGACAUCCAACUACCUCGUUCAGUGUGUCAUCAGCGUGGCUUCCAUUUGUGUCGGAGCCAAAUACAUGGCCACACUGAUCCCUAUCACCGUGUUCGUCAUUUACUGGAUCCAGAAAUUCUAUCUUCGCUCGUCGCGGCAGCUCUGUCAUCUCGAAUUAGAAGCCAAGUCGCCACUGUAUACCCAAUUCACCGAGACCCUUAGCGGCCUUAUCACUAUCCGUGCCUUUGGAUGGCGGGAUAGCCUUCAGGCGGAGCAUAGGGAUCUGCUUCAGGACUCCCAGCGACCGUACUACUUCCUGUUCGUCAUUCAACGCUGGUUGACCCUCGUGCUAGAUCUGCUUGUCGCGGCUCUGGCAGUCAUGUUGGCUGUUUUCGCAGUCUUUGUGCCUAACAUAGGCCCCAUCGGAGUCUCGCUGAUAUCCCUCAUCACAUUCAACGAACAACUCGCCGAGCUUAUCAACUGCUGGACGUCUCUAGACACCAGUAUAGGCGCCAUAAAUCGGAUCCAAAACUUUGGAAAGGUCCCCACCGAGAACCUUCCUCAAGAAACCCAGACCCCGCCGCUUACCUGGCCAUCUGAAGGAUCGAUCGUCUUUCAGAAUGCGACCAUGGCUUACGCACCAACCGCGUCCCCCAUUCUCCGGAAUAUAGCACUAAGCAUCCCCGCCGGUUCCAAGCUAGGCAUCUGCGGCCGCACUGGCAGCGGUAAAAGCUCUCUCGUUCUAGCUCUCCUUCGCAUGAUCGAGAUUCAAAGCGGGGACAUAAGUAUCGAUGGCGUGAGUCUGCAAUCCUGUCCGCGUGAUAGCAUCCGCAGCAAGAUCACCGUGAUACCCCAAGAGCCCGUUCUAUUCCCCGGGACGAUCCGAGAGAACAUCACCACGUUCCAGACCAUGGAUGACGAUCGGGUGCUCCGUGCUUCGGAGAAGGUCCAGCUUCGAGAGUAUGUCGCAACCCACGGUGGUCUUGACAAGGGUAUAGAGGACUUGCCGUUGUCGGCGGGCCAGAAGCAGCUGCUUUGUUUGGCGCGGGCUAUCGUCUCGAAACAGAAGAUUCUCUUGCUGGAUGAGGUGACGAGUCACGUAGAUGAUGAGACAGACCGGGUCAUGCAGCGGGUUGCUCAGGAGGAGUUUCGCGGAUGUACUGUCGUUGCGGUUGCGCAUCGGGUGCACAUUUUGGUGGAUUAUGAUCGGAUUGCGGUGCUCGAGGAUGGUCGGGUGGUAGAGUAUGAUGCGCCGGCGGCGUUGCUUGGGCGUCCGGGGUCGGUGUUUGGGCGGUUGUAUGAUCAGACGCGAUCUUUGAGGCAUUAA